GUUCAUUAAACAGAAAGCAAAAAUUAGAGAGGACCAAAAAAAGGACUCAAACAGGUUGACUGUACACAGGACUGAGGAACAGACGGACGGAUAGACUGUAAAGUGAAGCAGAGGUCUUCCAUGUGAGAGGAGUGAAUCAGCCAGCUGCAUCUGAUCAGUGUCCCAGCAGGCUUUGCAGCGGUCUUUGUGCCCUGGUGAACGACUGGAUGUGGGGCUGGGGCGCAGCGGUGGUCCUGGGACUCGUCCUGGCAACCCCCGCCUGUGAGGCAUCCCCACUGGGCGCUGUGGUAACCCUGGAACCUUUGGACCAUGGGGGAACGCAGGAGGUAAUGGCACAUACCAGUGUGCUGGUACCAGAGCCGUGCCCAUCCCGGUUGGAAGUUGCGUGUGAAGGGACCGACUGCAACACCCAUGUGACCUCUGACCCCAUCAGUGGGCAGUACCCUUCCCCCGGCUGGUGCCUCUGGCAGUGGCAGAGCGUCGUCCCCUUCCGCCACACAUCUCGCCAAAUACUCGGCUCUACGGAUGUGGUUUUAUCGUCAUGGGCAGACCUCUCCGUUCGCCCUGACAACCAGAAAGUCAACCAACCGCCCACUGCUGCCUUGCUGCCCCCCCUCAGGGUCAGUGUAAACUGUUUUCAGAAGUUUAACCUGAGCGUGAAAGACCUUGAUGGGGAUCGGGUUCGCUGUCGCUAUGGGAACGCAGAGAGGGAGGAGUGUCAGAUCUGCUCCAGGCACGAGUUCCUGCAGCUGGACGAGAUAAGCUGUGUGCUGGUUUAUAACGGUCUUGGAGAGACGGGCCAGUACAUAGUGGAACUCAUGGUGGAGGAUUUUCUCAAUGACACUAAUGGUGAGAACAGGGCCCUGAGCUCCAUCCCCCUGCAACUGUCUCUCACAGUGGGAGAGGCAGCAUCCUGCCAGGCCUUGCCAAAAUUCACAGAAAGGACACCAGCAGGGGGCGCUCAAUUCACGGUCCUGCCCUAUGAUGAAGUCGACUUCACCGUCGAAGCCCUCCCACCGUCAGGAAGGGUAUCAGAGAUAGCCAUCGUGGGCCCUCCUGGGCUUUUUGCCUCAGCGCUGGAGAGAGGAGAGCCGGGUUCCCUCGCGUCAGUCAACACCGCCUGGCUGAGAAGCCCCAACGAGCUUCCUCGUCUGCUGCCGGUCUGUUUCACUGCCAACACCCAAAGCUUGCAGUCUGAGAUCAGAUGCGUUUGGAUCAAACAAAAACCAGUUGACUCUUUACCCCGUGGGACAGUGCUGCUGUGUGGGAGUGCGGAGAUGAAUUUUUCUUUCCCGAUCUCGGCCGUGCCUGGCCUCCCGCUGUCAGACCUCCGGCUCAACGACCCCUCCUGUCCCGUCUCCCAUAACGACACCCAUGUGACGGGCCGCGUCUCCCUGGCCGGCUGCGGCACCAAAGCCGCGCACUCGGGCUCGGAGCUGGUUUACACCAACACCCUGCGGACCCCGCCGCCCGCCCAGCCCAUCAGCCGGCUGCCCUCCCUGGAGCUGCAGCUGUCCUGCCGCUUCCCCGCCGCGCGCGUCCAGGGGCCCCGCUACAGGAUGGGCCCCGUGGACGCGGAGGAGACCUUCGGCCGACCCGGCUUCUGGAUGGAGUUCCACCGCCCCGGCACGGGGCCCUUCGCCAGCGAGACCCAGGACCCCCUGCGGAGGAACGCGCUGGACCUCCACCUCUUCUCCGACACCCGUCUGGCCCGGGCCGAGCUGAAGGUGUCCUCCUGCGUGGAGUCGCCGACCGCAGACUUCAAGAAGACGUACCCUCUGGUGCAGGGCGGGUGUGUGACGGGCAGUUCAGUACAGAAAAAGGACACUCGCCGUGACACGGUGAAGAUCUACCGGAUUGAUCUGAACUCCGUGGUAACUCAGAAAAACACAAUGUACGUGGAGUGCGCGGUGCUGUUGUGCAUCGCCGUGCUGCCCUCUCAGAAGUGCCCGGACGAGUGUCGGAGCUCCGGGACGAGGUCCCUGGUGAGCAGCGUUUCUACCCACACUCACCGCAUCCGGUCCGGCGCCGUCUACGUGGGGGACGGAAAAGCGCCCACCACCGCCGCCAAAACCACCACCAAAACCACCACCAAGAGUCGCGCACCAGAACGCAGUUUCCUGGUCACGGGCGUGGCCUUGGGAGUUGUCCGUAUGCUUUUACAAACCCUCCUGCUGUAAUGCUCACAGCCACGCUGCCUUGGUCCGAGGCUGGACGGGUUAAGGAAAGAGUCGAACGCAAUCACCUCAUCUUUUUCCGUCAAACGUGUUCAGUGCUAAAAUAUGGCACAAAGACCAAUUGAGUAAAACAAUAAGUUAAAUAAUUAGAAAAAUAAUUUAGUCCCGUUGGAAUUGGAGGUUUGGCCUACUACUCCAGUUUAUGAUUAUUGCUACUGUUUAUUUUAUUUUUUUUAUUUUGUUUACACGAUGCAAGCACUGUUCACAGCAGGCCUUCAGCGGUGUACCUUCAUUUCCAAUGGCUCUACAUCGUAUUAAAGGCUGUUUUCCUGAGCGUUGUGCUAACGUGGCUUAUCGACUUUAGAGAAACUCAGCAGUCCUGCGCCGAUGUGAAGUGAAUGCCCUGGCAGUCUCAAAGCUGUCUCUUGUGCAUAGGCCAACCAUAAACCACAACAUAAUACAUGGUGGAAAAAC